AUGGACAAAAGCAGGUACCGCCAAGAGGUGCAACAAAUGAUGUUUGUCUCUGGCGAGACAACAGAUCCUCCGAUCGAAACCACACUGUUGAUAGAAGAUAUAGUCCGCGGGCAAGUCAUUGAAAUUCUUCUACAGGCGACUAAAACCGCGUCGCUACGCGGAACCAGAUCCAUAGCACCUGAAGAUGUGAUUUUUCUCAUUCGACACGACAAAGCCAAAGUGAUCCGUCUAAUAACGUAUCUUUCAUGGAAAGAUGUCAGAAAGAAUGCCAAGGAUGAAGGCGGAGGAACGGAGUCUCUCAUGGAGCAGGAAGCAGGAGCUCCUGCCUCCGGUUCUGGUCAAACAAGCGACCAAUCCAAAAUGAUUACAAGAUACAAGAAACUGAAGAUCCGUCUACCAUGGGAGGUCCAAUUCAUGUUCAGUGAACAACAUUACGAUGCUUCGGAGGAAGCUCAAGAUGAGGAUGAGGAAGAGAAAGCCGCCACUCUUGUUUCACUCAAAAGACUUAAAAUGGCAGACGAAAGAACAAAGAACAUGACCAAAGAAGAAUAUGUACAUUGGUCAGAAUGCAGACAAGCAUCAUUCACAUUUAGAAAGGCUAAGAAGUUUCGGGAAUGGGCGCAGAUAGCACAGAUUUGCGAGACUCGUCCUAAUGAUGAUGUAAUAGAUAUUCUUGGUUUCCUCACGUUUGAAAUUGUGUGUUCUAUCACUGAAGAAGCUAUGGAGAUAAAGGCGGCUGAAGAAAGACUUUUCCAACAGUCACUACUGAAGACUGGGAAAGAGGUUGCAAAGCGGAAGCGAAAGUAUUUAUUCGACAAACCUGACGAAUUGGUUAAACCUAUACAACCGCAUCAUGUUGAGGAAGCUUGGAGAAGACUCCAGUCCAUGAAAUUCGAGCAUAAGGCAAUACGUUCUUUUGGAGGUGGUAUGAUCAGAUCACAAACCAGAGUCAUAUAG